CAAAUUCUCCAUCAUCUCAAUCCUCUCCAUUCUUAAAAUACAAAGAAACAAAAAAAAAUUGGUUCCAAUGCAACUCCAACACUCACUUCAACUCUCUGUUCAAAGCAUCAACUGGACAUACAGCAUCUUUUGGCAGCUCAAUCCCCAAAACCAGGUGUUGGAGUGGAAAGAUGGAUAUUACAAUGGGAUUAUUAAGAGUAGGAAAACAGUUUUAGGACCAUUUGAGGUGAGUUUGGAGGAUGAUGCAGUUCAGAGAAGUAGGCAGUUGAGGGAGCUAUAUGAUGCUCUGGUUUCCGAGCAGCUUGUGGGCUCUUCUCCGGCGCCGGUUGGGCUCUCGCCGGAGGACCUCACGGAGGUGGAGUGGUUCUAUCUUGUUAGUGUCUCUUUCUCCUUCUCUUCCGGUGAAGGGUUACCAGGAAAAGCAUUUGAAAGACAAAGGCAUGUUUGGUUGACAAGAGCAAAUGAGGGUAAUAGGAAAGACUUAUGCAGAGCCAUUCUUUGCAAGAGUGCUGGUAUUCAGACGCUUGUGUGCAUACCGAUCUUGGAUGGUGUCCUUGAGUUUGGCACCACGGAAAAGGUUGAAGAAGAUCUAAGUGUGAUCCAACAAGCAAAAAGUCUUUUUAAAGAAAAUGAGAAUGAUAAGCCUACACUGUCAGAGCAAUCAACCUCUAGUCCUGUGAACAAUUCAAUGUUUGGUUUCCGACAUCUUGUAAACGCGGCACCAAUGAAUGUGGAUGCACAACAAGGAGGAACUGAUGAAGAAGAGGAAGAGGAUGAUGAUGAUGAUGUAGAGGAUGAAGGCGACAUCGGUUAUCUUGUGAUGUCUGAAGAUGUUGGCUCGGAUAAUUCAAACUCUGUUAGUGAAUGUGCUCAACCAUCAGACGAUGAGUGCUCGGAGACUAUUUCAUCACUUCCACAAAAUAAUUUGAUCGAAACGGCAAAGUCUAUGUCUGUGGGUUCUUUAGUACAUUCCAAAAACUCGGCAUUCACAGAAUGGGGAUCACACAAUGGGAAUCACUUCCUCAGUUUUUUCUCCAGAAGAACCUCACAACGAAUGUUAAAAUUCAUGUUAUUCAAAGUUCCUGAUCUUCAUUGCGCUUCAAUUCAAGAUUCAUUUCAAGAAGAACUAAGUACCAAUCAUGUUCUUGCGGAGAGGAGGAGAAGAGAGAAGAUCAACAAAAGAUUUAUUGUUCUCCGUUCUAUAGUCCCAUUUGUUACCAAGAUGGAUAAAACUUCGAUACUCGAGAGUACAAUCGAGUAUCUGGAACGACUUCAAAGACAAAUCGAAGAACUUAAAUCAAGAAAAGAGAAGAUGGGAAUUAAUUUGCAAACAAUGAACACCGAAACAUCAAAAGUUGAGACACCAUGCAGUACAAAUGUGAAGGUUUCUAUCAUUGAGGCCAAUGCUCUUUUUAAGCUGCAAUGUCCUUACAAAGAUGGAUUAUUGUUCAAAAUAAUGCAGAAACUUCAUGAGCUUGGAUUGGAGACUACAUCUAUUCAAUCUUCCACCGUUAAUAAGAUUUUUGUCGCGGAAUUGCGAGCUAAGGUCAAAGAAAUAAAUGGAAGGAAAGCCACUAUUAUGGAGGUGAAAAGAGCAAUUUAUCAAAUUUUCUCUUGACAUUGAUCUCAUUGACUAUGAUGGAGUGAAUGAAUCAAAACUCUUUUUUAUUGUAUGCACUAGUGUUAAUUUCUCA